GCGCAGGAAGUGACGCUGCGGCGUGCUGACGCGCGGGCUCGAUCCGAGGCCCGAUUCCGCGCCCGCCAUGGCCGACAAAAUGGAUAUGUCUUUGGACGAUAUCAUUAAGCUGAACCGGAGCCAACGAGGCGGUCGCGGCGGAGGCCGGGGUCGCGGCAGGGCCGUGGCGGUGGGGUGUCGAGGGCGCCCGGGGCGAGGCUCACGACCGAAACAACUUCCCGACAAGUGGCAGCACGACCUCUUCGACAGCGGCUUCGGGGGUGGCGCCGGCGUGGAGACGGGCGGGAAGCUGCUGGUGUCAAACCUGGACUUCGGGGUGUCAGACGCGGAUAUCCAGGAACUCUUUGCCGAAUUUGGAACGUUGAAGAAAGCAGCUGUUCACUAUGAUCGCUCUGGACGAAGUUUAGGGACAGCAGACGUGCACUUUGAACGGAAGGCAGAUGCCCUAAAGGCUAUGAAACAAUACAACGGUGUCCCUUUGGAUGGCCGUCCUAUGAACAUCCAGCUCGUCACAUCACAGAUUGACACACAAAGAAGACCAGCACAGAGCAUAAACAGAGGUGGCAUGACAAGAAACCGUGGCUCUGGAAGUUUUGGUGGUGGUGGCACCCGGAGAGGAACCCGUGGAGGCAGCCGGGGAAGAGGUAGAGGUACCGGCAGGAACUCAAAGCAGCAGCUUUCUGCGGAGGAGCUGGAUGCACAGCUGGAUGCUUAUAAUGCCAGGAUGGACACCAGUUAAACAGCCGAGCAAAUCCACACAAGUAACAGAACCCAGAAGCUGCGUCCGAGAUCCCUAGAGGGAGGGUUGGCGACUGGACUGUGCAGACAAUGGUGGAUUUGUUUUUGUUUCUUCUUUUUCUCCUGUUUUAAAAUAGGAUCUAAAAACUCAUGUAAAGGCUUUUUUUCUUUCUUUUUUUUUUUAAAUUCUGAAACAGACCUGUUUUGUACCGAGUUAUUUUUGGGAUAAAUUUUACUGGUUGCUGUUGUGGAGAAGGUGGCAUUUUCACCUUUGCCAUAAUAAACUAGAAUUGUGUGUAGAA